CCGAUCAGCGAUCCGAUUAGUUAUCGUAAACACCCAGGUUUCUCUCUGAUGCAGUUUUCUCUCUAUUAUACUGUGCCUCCUGAAUUCCCUAUACUGCGUACGCAGACGCACUCUGAUUGCUCCUGGGAGUCGAUUGUGCAUCUUGAAAUGAGGUGAAAAUUACAAAAGUGAGGAAAUUCACUAGCGUAUCUACGAUUUCAUUUGUGGAAAUCUAGUAAAAUCUGUUCACUUUUAUAAUUUUCACCUCGUUUCAAGUACACAAUCGACUCCCUGGAGUAUAUAUAACCUAAUUGCACCUAAUUGUAAAUUGACGUGCGAAUGAGAAAAUCGCAGCAGAUCGCAACUCGCAACGAUAACGCGUCGAAGAGAGAUAAGCAAAGGUAAAUUUUGCUGUCGACGUAUUAUCUCGAUAAUAUAAGAUUUCGAUCGUCUGCGAGAAAUAUGCGUCGGAUCUGCAUACUGUUUUGAAGCACAUUAUUUUGUCUUUUCUUGUGCUCUUACAAAACUUUUUAUCGGCAAUACAAAGUACAGAGCAACGUGUUGCUCAUCGUUCGCAGUGUCAUUCCAGACGUUUCAAAACGCAAUGUUACAUGUGACCUCCUAAAAAGGCGAAAUAUGGACUGGGAAGGCAGGACAUUGUAAGGAUUCCGUACAGAUUUCGACGCGAGAGCGAGUGAAGAGGAGAACGUGUGCCAAUAAUACAAGACAACGCGACGUGUAACGUAGGAAAAGAUGUUUCUACAACAGUGGAUGCAUAUACGACACAACAUCGACAUACCAUGGAAGACCUUUGUCAGGAAGUCACCUAGUAUACAGGACAAAUCUCCAGAGAGGUGCAUUCAUCAGUUGGCUUUCCAGGGAAACGAAGCAAAGGCUGCCUACGAAGAAAUUGUUCACCAAAUUAGUAAUAGCAAUACUCCACCGGCAAGACUGAGGCAUUUAAGAUCAAGAAUCACUGGUAGCCAAGGUAACUCGGGCACGAAUUCUGCUUCUAUUGUACAAUCAAAGAUGAUUACACUUUCUGACGACAUUCUGGCAAAAGUCACGGUCAACACGUUAUUAAAAGCAGUGGAGCAAAAGGACUUGAAAUUCUUGCAAAAACAUAUGACGACAGAAAAUGUGAAUGUGUCAGAUGACUUUGGUUGGACUCCAUUAAUGUCCGCCGCUUAUUGCGGUCAUUUGGAGAUUGUGCAAUUCUUGUUGAAUCUCGGGGCUAACAAAAGAACUAGGGAUAAAUCUGGUCUCACCGCAGCCCAGUUAGCUUUAAAAAGAAAUUAUUUGAGUAUAGUCGCCUUGCUGAAGAAGAAGUCUGACACGAUAAGCGGUAUCGAUCAGUUGUCCGCAAAUAUAAAUCCAAAUGUAAAUAAUAUAAAUGCUUUAUCAGCGAGAUCAAUGCCUAUAGAAUCUUCGAUGGAGCACAAUAAAGACAUUGUUAUAGAAGAGAAGACACGACUCAAGCAGAAUGCGGCGUUUUACUGUGAAAUCUGUAAGACAACUUUUCAAGAAACGACGCUGCAAAAACACGAAAGUUCUACCCUACACAUCUUCAACACAAAGCCGAAACUGAAAAACGCAAUGUAUGGAAUAUCGAGACAAAAUAAAGGAUACAGAAUGCUUUUGAAUACAGGAUGGGAUGAAGAGGCUGGUCUCGGUCCUUCUGGGAAAGGAAUAAAAUAUCCAAUCAAAACGUGUUUGAAAAUGGAUCGCAAAGGAUUGGGACAGUUGCCUGAAAAUGAAUAUAAGAUUACUCAUUUUAAAUCGGGCGAUACAACUGCCGUUAACAACUCUAAAGUACCUAAGCAGAAACCUUUGAAAAAAAGAGACAGGGAAAGGUUACUUCACAGAGAGGCCAGGAAAGAAAGAGCACUGCGUAUAAUGGCAAAUGAGCAUCAAAAGUUAUUGCAACAUUUAGAAACAGUUGAAAAUAAAGCUAGCGAAAUUCUCACUGAUCGUGAGGAAAUAAUCGCUCUAGAUAAGAGAAGAAACUAUAAUCGUGUUGGAAUGAGAACACUUCAAAAACAGGGGCAUCAAAAAAUAUGGAUAACAGUGGGACCGUUGCUCUUAAAGAUGCCAUCUAAAGCAGCUGAAGAACUGCUUGAAAAAGAUCAGAGAGAAUGUGAUACUGCCAUUAAUAAGCUAAGGAGCGACUUAAGGAUAAAAGUAAAUGAAUUACGUGAUUUAGAGUUGACUCCACCAGUACCUGGAUUAAUGUUAAAACCUAUGUCUCACAAAGAGAUGGGUGCAAUCGGACAAAUUUUAGGUCGAACUGUCUAAUAUUUAAUAAAAUUUCUUUAUUCAGAAGUAUAAGUAGAAUGAGAAUAAAUACAUGAACUUAAAAUAUUUAAAUAUUUAAGUUUAAUUACUUAGUUAAGUUUAAUUCUAAACUUUUGAAUAUAGUGCAAAAUAAUUACCAUUAUAUGUAAAAAAAUUAUUAUUUUAUUUAUUAUCCUAUAUAAAUUUAUUUUCAAACUAAUAAGUUAUUUGUCAUUUCAGAAAAUGAGUAAAAUAAUUUGGUUUUUUU